AUGGGCCAUUGGGAGGAGGUGCAACAGCAGCAGCUGAAGCAGCGUCAGGAGCAGCAACAGCUUCUUCUUCAGCUGCACGACAGGCAGCAGCAGCAGCAGCAGCACCUCGAGCAGCAGCAACAGCAGCAGCAGGAGGCACCGGCGCAGCAGGCCGCGCGGCUGCCUUCCGUUCCAUACGUCUGCAACAGCAGCAGCAGCAGCAGCAGGAGCUUUUUCGAGUGGCUCAAGGCUCAUGACGACGAGCAACUGUGGCGUUGUGCCUGGGGAGCCCAAGCCAGCAGUAGUAGCAGUAGCAGUAAUAGCAGCAGCAGCUGCCCCGUCCUUGUCGUAGAUGCGGGCUCACACUGCGUGAGAGUUUCUCGUGCAGAAAGAGGCCCCGAGGGUGAAGAGCAGAGCCUCAUUUUGCCGCAGCUCAUCAGGAAACCGUGGGAGGGCGUGGGAGAUGGCUCUCUUCCUGGUUACAGAGGGACAGUCAAAAACUGGAUCGCAUUCGAAGACGCCUUGCUCGAAGUGCUGACGGCUCCGGAUUCGGCUAUGCAUCCCUCUACUGCAGGGGGCCAGUUCUUAUGGUGCGAGAGCAGCCUGCGAUCGCCAGAUCACUUCAGCCGCCUCGGAGAAAUCUGCUUUGAGCUGCUUGACGCCGAGAAAUUCCUCUCUGUGGACAAGGACACCCUCUCCGCACUUGCCAUCUGCGGCAGCCUGCUGCCGCCAUCCGUAGUGCCUGCUGAAUGCGGGGAGAGCAACGCCAGCAACAGCAGCACUCGGUGGAAUAGCAGCGCUCUCCGCGUGCUGCGCUGCAUGCAGCACUUCACAGGUCUUGUCAUAGACAUGGGCGCCUCCUUGACGCGAGUUUCUCCCAUCCUCUCAGGGCAAACCCUAGGCUGCCUCGCAGUCGAGCUGCCCCUGGGGGGCAGGGAUAUAGAUGCGUUUCUCUGCGGCAGCCUGCUGCGGCAGCAGCAGCAGAUGUUGAAAGCUCCUACUGAAAGGCCUUGCGACUGCUCAAUGGCGGCGGCGCGUUCAGUGAAAGAGCAGAUGCUCUGCUGCUCCACGGACUCAGGUGUGGUAUUUGCAGCGGAAGCGGCCUUCGCCAAAGCAAACCCUCGCAGCGUGUACGUUAGCCUUCCGGGCUGCGAACGUUGCCGCAGUAGCAGUAUUAGCAGCAGCAAUAGCAGCAGCAGGAAGCGUCGCUGUGAAGAAAUGCCUUCGGCAACUGCUGCAGCAGAGAAGGGCCAGCUAGAUAUUAUAGAUGCCCAGCAGCAGCAGCAUCAGCGCCAUCAACGCGAAUCGCCUUGGCUUGUAGGGGACUGCCGAGUUCUUGCAGCGGAGCUACUCUUUGACGUGAAGGCCCUCACAGAGUACAGAAAUAGCGGGGCCUUUGACGAGCCGUUGACUGCUCUCCACCUCAUGCCUCUACAAGCAGCCGUCGAACUUGUCGUCCAGCGCUGCCCAAUCGACACCAGAAAGUGA